GUCAGAGUCUAAACAAACAUCCACGUCUAGACAAAGUCAAAACCAAAUAACUUCAUUAUUGGACGGAGACCCUGAAGUCCCUCAAUAUGACUUUUUUCACAGUGAUUGGCAGGAGGUGGUGAUGACAUUUAUAUGCUGCAAACAGCAUACGAGCAUAGCCUGUAUGCACGCGUCAGCUCCAAACAUCCCCAGCAGGCGGAGUGCACUUUAUCCCGAGCCCCUUACUUUUAAACCCUAAGCCCCGCCCCUCCAGCGAGCGCACCCACCUUGUCCAGCAGCAGCUCGGUGCGCCAGACUGCACGAGCUCAAGCGGGGAGCUCACCGGAGAGAGGGCACGGAGGAGCAACGGCACGGAGGAGCGGCAGCAGCGGGGGACGUUUUCUGGGUUUUGAGGGGACACCUUGUUCGGACCUCUCAGCGAGGGAUCAUUUUGACACCCGUGGAAAAAGAUCAAUCUUAACGGGGAGAUUUGACAGAGUACGGUCUCCAGCUGUGGUCAGGAGGGUAGAAGGAUGCAGCUGUGGUCCGGGUCGGUGUGCCGCGCCGUGCGCCUCCACCGCUGGUGAUGCCCUCCGCGCGGGAUCACCGCCCAGCAGCAGCAGCAACAGCGGCAGGAGGAGCACUAGGAAGAGGAGGAGCAGAGGGAGGGAGUCAGGACAACAGGGCGUCGGGGGGCCGGUGAUGAUGACGGUAAGGUCGGGAUCAUGGCUAACGGAACCGGUACUAUCAUGUUAAAAUGCGUCGUGGUGGGAGACGGAGCGGUGGGAAAAACGUGUCUGCUGAUGAGCUACGCCAACGACGCGUUUCCGGAGGAGUACGUCCCAACGGUGUUCGACCACUAUGCAGUGAGCGUCAGUGUCGGGGGGAAGCAGUACUUGAUGGGACUGUAUGACACAGCCGGUCAGGAGGACUACGACCGUCUCCGGCCGCUCUCCUACCCCAUGACCGACGUCUUCCUCAUCUGCUUCUCGGUGGUGAACCCCGCCAGUUUCCAGAAUGUGCGUGAAGAGUGGGUGCCCGAGCUGCAGGAGUAUGCACCCAGCGUCCCCUACCUGCUCAUCGGCACCCAGAUUGACCUUCGUGACGACCCGAAGACCAUCGCCAAACUGAACGACAUGAAGGAGAAACCCAUCGCCAUGGAGCAGGGACAGAAACUCGCAAAGGAGAUCGGUGCGUGUUGCUACGUUGAAUGUUCAGCUCUGACCCAGAAGGGCCUGAAAACGGUGUUCGACGAGGCCAUCAUCGCCAUCCUGGCUCCAAAGAAGAAGAAAGGAGCUCUGAAGAGAAGGCUGGGACCUCGCUGCAUCAACUGCUGUCUGAUCACGUGAUACAGAAGAGAAAAAAAACCCAGAGAUCAUUCAGCAGCCGACCGUAAACCAAACCUGGACUGAAUGCAAGAGAAAAAUGCACAAAAGAGAGGACUGAACUUAAACACAGCAGCGCUCUUCAAAGACGUUUACUCUGUCUCCUGCUUUCCAUCGAGGGGGGGGAGGAUGCAGUUUACUACCAAAGGAGCACAAAACCCAGUCAGUCAAGACUCUCUGCCUCCAAAGUACCUUCUUUUAUAACCAUUUUUAAUCAUUUUCACGUGCAGAGUUGUCGUAAGCUGUAAUUCAAAAAAAGACAUUUCAGUUCAAAGAGAAAUGUGUAAUUUUUAGGAGCUCGUAUUGUUGAUUUCUUCAUAGUACCAGUGCAGAUGUGCAAAUGUGCAGAUGUUCAGAUCGGGAGCCUGCAGCUGAUAAAUAACGAGAGGCUGACUUCAGUGACACUGUGACAGAAAACAUUUCUGGACAUGACGGCCCAGCCUCUCCGUUGUCUGCCUCUGAUUAUGUGUCAGUUGAAGGAUCUGCAGAUUUACCCACACAGGUGCUCUGCUCAUCUUGGGCUUAAGACUUAUUAUUUUAAAGUUUGAGAGUCUUG